GCGUGUAUGUGUGUGAGUGUGUGUGACCUGGAUUUCUGGCAGAUUAAACACGAGAAAGGGGUUAGCUCUGGAGGACGGGAUUUGCAAGUUACAGCUGUCUCGGGCGAGGUGACAGAUAUCCCCUCCACGGCCUGUUGAUUGAGCAGACGAGACUCUCUCUCUCUCUCUCUCCCCGGCGGGGUAUGGAAGGAGCCGUAAGGGUUGGCGCAUAAUCUUUGGAAACACAAAAAUAAGCAGUUGUGCCUGUGAUGGGUCGUUCGCAGCAGUCGAAGUUUACGCUCAGCGAGACGAAGCCUUUGUAAAGGUCAAAAACAAAGAUGGAUUGACAAGAAGUCGGGAGACGGUCAGCGCUUUUCUUUUUUGCUUUUCUUUUUUUUUAAUGUUGCAGAAAAAUUUGCAACCCGACAGACAGAGGGCAGCCAUGAGAGGUGGGGUGAUAUUCUUGUCGAGUUUCAUGUGGCUUUUACACGUGGCCCGGGGAUGCCCAGACGUCUGCAAGUGCCUGACCUCCGCGAAGACGGUGGACUGCAGCUAUCGAGGGCUUCUGGAAAUCCCGAACCACUUCCCCCCGCAAACGCAAAUACUCUACAUGCAGGGUAACCAGAUUCGGAUCAUCAACCACACGUCGUUCGCAAGUGUUCCUGGACUCAAAAUUCUAGACUUGUCCAACAACUCCGUAUCACUGGUGUCGCCCCACGCGUUCCACUUGCUGAGGUCGCUACAGAUCUUGAAUCUCUCCAAUAACUUCAUCCACUAUCUCGAGAACCAAGUGUUCAUUUCACUCCUUGACCUGAAGGAGCUGGACCUCUCGUCCAACAGAAUCUUUGGUUUGCCCGAAUCUCUAGGAAAUAAUACUCGGAACCUCACGUUCCUUGGAGUGAAACACAACCGGCUACAAAGGAUGGACAAGUCGCUCUUGGAGUCCUUUACAAAUCUGAAGGUCUUGCUCAUCAGAGACAAUCCUUGGCAGUGCAAUUGUCAUACGAUGGGUCUAAAAUUCUGGCUGGAAAACUUUUUAUAUAAAGGCGGAACGAUUGACGAGCUGAUCUGCAACAGCCCCGAGAACCGGAGAGGAAAAGACCUUCUGACGCUUCCUCUCGAUAUCUUCAAGGGUUGUCCACCUGCCUCUUCUCCGUCUCUGAUGACCAACACCCAUCACCACAGCGUUGAGCACCGAAGCAACAGCCGACACGGGUUUCACGCGGACCACGCGGAUGGCAGCAUCCUCCCGGAGUGCGAACCGAAAGCCAAAGCUCGGCCGGUCAGCCUGCGACAUGCCAUAGCCACCGUCGUCAUCACUGGAGUUGUUUGUGGAAUUGUCUGUCUAAUGAUGUUGGCUGCGGCCGUCUACGGCUGUGCUUACGCUGCAAUUAUGGCUAAAUACCACAGGGAACUUAAGGAAGUGGAGCACUUGGCCCCGGCAGGGGAACAUGGGAGCCCAGAGGAGAGAGAACCACUUGAUAGGUCCUUGGCGUGAUCUGCGUUUCGCAGUUGGUUUCUUAGAUGUUGGGGGGGGGGAAGAAUUUCGUAGGCUAGUGGAAAACGAGCAAAAACAAUAACGGCGAACUUGUAACUUUCCACCCAAAGAUAUUCACGCGAAUGUUCAAAACUUUGAUUCUGAGCUUUCGACAGUAAAAUAAUCCAUAAAAGAAGGGCUCAGAUCUUAGAUAAAGUCAGAUGAAAGUAAAUCUCAGUUAUUGGUUGAAAUUAUUUUUUUAUUGUAUUUAAUCUUGUAUUGCGAUGUACUUGUGGUGUAUUUCAGUUCUAAUUAUUUAAAUUAAAAUGACCCCUUUGGAACCAGCCGAGAUCCCGGACCCCUAUUUCUCUAUAGGAUUGAGGGCCGACAGGGACCUUCACGCUGCGUAUUUUGUGUGAUUAUGUUUUCUAGAGAAAUCUUAAAGCUCUGGAGCAUGAAUGGGUCGGACGCGUCGAUGUCGUACUAGAACUUGGAUCCAAAAAAUGACUUGAAUGCACCAGAAACGAUAAAAUAACCCUCUUGAAAAUAAGAUUAAAAUUCUGUACCCAAAAUAAAAAAAAAGAGCAUUGUUAUUGUAGCAGUUGGGAUGUUACUGAGCCGCGCGGCCGUCAUUAAGAGGAUUAAAUCAGAAAAGGUCAUAAAUACCGGAGG